AUGGCCGCAAGCAACGAUGGCUUGAACCAGAGUACGUUUUUGUCAGAAUCAUCUAUCGUGUUCUCUUCGUCAUCACCUGCAAUCAUCAUUCCGGGACCGGCAGCUACUGACUGAAUGUGUCCAGCCUCGGAAUCGUCUGUCGCACCAGAGAAAACCGAAUCCAAUGGAGCUCACGCGACACCCGCUACCACCAAUGGCGCAUCUGAAGAUGCAUCGAACCAAGACACCGAUGCAACACCGCCGAACGACAGCGUCUUCCAGCUCACGAUCAAGCUGCCCCACGCUCCUGGACAAAUGCAAAUAACAGUCUCGAGUCAAGAGCAGGUCCAAGACAUACGGCAGUCCAUUGUGGACACUCCGAAUACUUUCCAGUAUUCCUGUUUCCACCUCGAACACCGCGGGAAGCGUAUCAAUGACUUUGUUGAACUCUCGGAAGUGCCGGACAUUGUCUCGGAUCCAGAAUGUCAGCUCGUGGAAGACCCGUAUACGGAGGCUCAGGCUCGGAUGCAUAUUGUGCGAGUCAGAGAGCUGGUGGGUGCCUCCGGAUACAAAAGUGAUCUGGUGACGGGUGUUGAUGCUGGAUUGAGCCUCUGUGAUAGCGUGGAGUUGCCCAGCUCUGUGAGCGAACAGGAGGAAGCGAAUCCCAUUGCCCAUUACGACCUGAAUGCUUCUGGAUCCGUGUCGACCGUGACGGCGCCGCUGCGCGAGACUGCUCCCAAGACGGUGAAGACUUUGUCUCUGUCCGCAUGGAACCCACCGCCGCACCAUCUCCGCAUGCGCGGACACCUGCUCUACUUACAGGUGACCACCAACGAGGGCGAGCAGCACUACAUAACCUCUCAUGUCUCCGGCUUUUAUGUGAACAAGUCAACAAACAACAAAUUUGACCCUUCACCACGGAGCUCUCCUAAGUCAGCCGCGGCCCAUUCGCUCAUCAAUCUCUUGAGUGAGAUAUCUCCAUCGUUCGAUGCCUCCUUCAAGCGUCUGCAGGACUUCAACAGCAAAAGAGACCCUCUGGCAUCUUAUGCUUUGUCCAACAGCACUCCGGCGGCUCCAUGGCUGGUGUCUUCGUCCUCGGUACAGCAGCAUCAGGCUGACUUGACCCGUACUCAGGAGGCCUUCUUGCUUGGCGGGGCAGAGAACGCGGAAACACUGCGGGAUUGGAAUGAAGAGUUCCAAUCCACCCGCGAACUUCCCAAAGAGAACGUUCAGGACCGUGUCUUCCGCGAGCGCCUGACCAGCAAGCUUUUUGCCGAGUACAACGAGGCAGCUGUCCGUGGCGCAUGCCUUGUGGCCAGGGGAGAGGUCCAGCCGUUGAAUCCAACUGAAGCAAGAGAUGCGCAAAUCUUCGUCUACAACAACGUAUUCUACUCUUUUGGGGCAGACGGAGUUGGGACGUUUGCUAGUGAUGGCGGCGACGAAGCGGCCAGAGUCGCAACUGGAAAAGAUGUGCAAGGUGUCAAAGCUGUCAACCAGCUCGACGUUGGUGGCUUGUUUACGCCCGGUACUGUUGUAGUUGACUACCUUGGGAAGCGUGUUGUUGGCCAGAGCAUUGUCCCUGGUAUCUUCAAGCAGCGGGAACCCGGCGAACACCAAAUCGACUAUGGUGGCGUGGAAGGCAAGGAUGUAAUUGCAACUCACGAGGGAUUUGCGCAACCAUUCAGUGAGCUAAGCAAGGCAAUGCGUGUCAAGAAACACGCAGUCUGGGACAAGGAAGGCGUGAAGCAUGAGCUCGAAGCCAGUGUGGAGACCAAGGGCCUCCUCGGAACCGAUGGCAGAAAAUACGUCCUUGACCUUUACAGGAUCACGCCUUUGGAUGUGGCCUGGCUCGAGAAGCAUCGCAGCUCCGAUGAGACGGACGAGAAUCGCUAUCUCCAUCGGAUGACUGUGCUGCGACCAGAGUUGGUCGAUUCGUACAGAAUCGUCAAAAUGAGGGAGUACAUUGCCAAGGAAUUGGAGAAGAAGCGGGCGAACAAGGACCAGACGAGUAGCAGUGCGCAGGGUGACGCUGUUGAACCAGAAGGUAAGAAAGACUUACCGCAGACAAAUGGAGAUCACGAGCAGCAGCAGCAGGUAAAGGGCAACAGUGAAGACGAAAAGGAUGAUGCAGAUCAGGAGCAGGCGAAGCCGCAGCAAGAGGCAGUGGACAUGACAGGCUUUUCAUUCUCCCUCAACCCUGACGUGUUCAGUGGGCAGAAGCCCCAAACUGAGCAAGAAAAGGAGGAUUGGGAGAAGGACGAGUUGGAAGUACGCGCUGUGUGCAAUCACCUCACCUCAGAGGUGAUUCCGCGACUCGUUCACGAUUUGCAAGAAGGCGACGCUGGUUUCCCAAUGGAUGGACAGAGCUUGGCUCGCGAAAUGCACAGGCGCGGCAUCAACGUGCGGUACGUUGGGGAGAUCGCUCGACGAACUGCGGAGAAACCGGAGAACAAGAGACUGCAGGCGUUGAGACAGCUCUGCAACCAGGAAAUGGUCAGCAGGGCCUUCAAGCACCUCUGCAACAAACAGCUUCGUGCCUUACCUGCUUGCUUUGCGCAGAGCUGCGUAGCACAUAUGCUCAACUGCCUCUUGGGCAAGAACUUAAACUCUGGCCCAUACGCGGAGACUGAAGAAGGACUCAAGGCACUAUUCCCGGACGUGUCGUUCGAAUUCGAGAAAGAGACCCCAGAUGCACUGGAAAAGGAGAUCAGACGCCAGGUCUCUUUACGCUACAGGUACGAUCUUGAUGGUGAACUUGUGCAGGAGGGCAAACAGCUCCAAAUGUUGCGCGAGGUCUCCAAGAAGCUCGGUCUCCAACUUGAGGCCAAGCAAUACCUGUUCACCAAGGAGGCGGCCGCAACACAGACAAGCCUGCAGGCCAAAGACUCAUCCGAUUCUUUGUCUGCUCCUCGGACGAAUGGCACACAAGCGCAUGCCGAAGGGGGCAAGAAGAAGAAGAAGAAGAACAACGAUGUCUCGUCCAACGGCGGUGCUGCAACCUCGCCGACGCUACCGCCCUUCACUUUCCACCCAGAGAACAUUGUCAACAUCGUUCCGAUGGUCAAGGAGGCUUCGCCAAAGAGCAUUCUUGCAGAGGAGGCUCUUGACGCAGGCCGCAUGAGUAUCCAGCAAGACCAGAAGGAGCUGGGACAGGAGCUGCUGUUGGAAAGCCUGAACCUCCACGAGCAGAUCUAUGGCAUCUUGCACCCAGAAGUUGCUCGUGUCUACUACGCCCUAUCGACUCUGUAUUACGGUCUCGAUGAGAAGGCCGCAGCUGUCGAGCUGGCGAAAAAGGCUGUCAUUGUUUCUGAGCGUACACUCGGAGUCGAUGACGCCGAAACAAUCCUGGCAUACCUCAACCUCAGCUUGUUUGAGCAUGCUACUGGCAACACGAAAACUGCCCUUGCUUAUGUACGACAUGCACUAGACCUCUGGAAGGUGGUGUACGGGAUCCGUCACCCUGACUCGAUCACCACCAUCAACAAUGCAGCAGUCAUGCUGCAGGCACUGAAGCAAUUUCACGAGUCAAGGCUGUGGUUCGAGGCUUCUCUCGAAAUUUGCGAGGAGGUCGCUGGCAAGAACUCUAUCCAUACGGCGACACUCUUGUUUCAAUUUGCGCAGGCGCUGGCCCUCGACCAGGAGCCAAAGACCGCGGUGGCUAAGAUGCGUGAGAGCUAUAGUAUUUUCAAGGCAGAGCUUGGCCCGGAGAAUCAAAAUACCAAGGAGGCCGAGAUGUGGCUCGAGACGCUCACACACAAUGCUGUAAAUCAGGCCAAGCAGGCCAACCUUUUGCAGAAUAGACGGAUUUUGUUGCGGAAUGGUCGUACGUCAAGAGUCUCCAUGGGCACGCGACCACAGCCGCCAGUGGGACAGACCACAGUCGAGCCGACGCGGACAUCGGCAGGAGCCAAUGCCGAUGUCGAUACCAGGAAUCUCGAUCAAUUGAUCUCGUACAUCAAUGGCGAGAGCGGUAAGCAGACCACGCCCAAGAAGAAGCCAGCAAACCCGAAGAGGAGACAGCAGCGGGCAUAG